UGGAAGCAUUUAGUUACCUCAUAGUGUAUUACUCGGGUAGUAAUUAGUAAACCCUUGUUUACGAGUCUGGUCAACAAAGAAGUGUGUAUAUUAGUUCCCUAAACAACAUGCGGUGGUUGCGGAAACAUAGCUUCAUCUACUAUCCCCAGAUUUCAUUACUCCGAAAUUCUUUGGCUUCUUUCUCAUCACAUAAUCAUUCCAUUGAAGAUCAUCACCAUUACUCUUACCGUUUUCUCUCUCUUCUGAACAACUUCCCUUCGUCGCGAUGUGUUACCCAGCAAAUCCACUCUCAAUUAACAACCAAUGGCUCACUGAAUCAAUUCUCAAAUACCCAGAUCAUAAUUUUGUUCAACACCCUUUUGAGGCGCUAUGCAAUAGGUGAAUUUCCACAGGAAGCUCUCUCUCUGUACAAACAGGCACAAAAAUCAACAGCAUUGUAUCUCAACUUUGAUAGCUUCACGUACUCUUUUCUCAUUAAAGCGUGUGCUAAUCUGAAUCAAAGAUCUACGGGUUUUCAACUCAAUGCCCUUGUUUUACAAUUGGGAUUUGAACGUGAUGUUUAUGUGCAGACUGCAUUGCUGAACAUGUACAUUGAUUUUGGUUCGUUCAUAAAUGCAAACAAGGUGUUUGAUGAAAUGCCUGAGAGACAUUUGGUCACUUGGAAUGUGAUGCUCACUGGAUUGGUUAAAUGGGGUCACCUCGAGAAGGCUCUUGCUUUAUUUAAGAACAUGCCCAGAAAGAAUAUUGUUUCUUGGACUGGUAUGAUUGAUGGGUUCGCACGAAUGAAGAAUUAUCUUGGAGCUUUUUCUUUGUUUCAGGAAAUGAUGAUGGUUGAAGGCAUUAUGCCUACUGAAGCUACACUGUUAGCCAUUUCUACUGCUAUUGCUGAGCUUGGGGAUCUAAAAAAUUGGCAAACAUUACAUGCCUUUGGCGAAAAAUGUGGUUUCAUUGUAAAUGGUAGUCAGGUCACACACUGUUUCAUUGAUACUUAUGCCAAAUGCGGUUGCAUUCAAAGUGCAUUGAAGAUAUUCGAGAAGAUAUUUCCAAGUAGAAGAAAUGUUGUGUCUUGGACAUCGAUCAUAUCCGGUUUCGCUAUGCACGGCAUGGCCAAAGAAGCUGAGGAGUUCCUUGAAAGAAUGGAGAGGUCAGGAAUCAGACCAAAUCGAGUUACUUUCUUGGGUAUUCUCAAUGCUUACAGUCAUAGUGGAUUGGUAGAAGACGGGCUCCGAUUCUUCAGAAAAAUGGUUGAUCAUGGCUUUGUUGCACCAGACGUAAAGCAUUAUGGGAGUGUGAUUGAUAUGUUGGGACGAGCAGGCAAGCUAAAAGAAGCAGAAGAAAUCGCCUGCGAGAUUCCUAAUGACAUUGAUAAUAUCAUAAUUUGGCGAACUCUUUUGGGUGCCUGCAACUUUCAUGGUGAUGUUGCAAUUGCCGAACGUAUAUCAAUGAAGAUGCAGGAUAUGGAGAGAGAAUAUGGAGGAGAUUACGUUUUGAUGUCGAAUAUAUUGGCAGGUCAGGGUAAGUUCAAUGAAGCUGAGAACGUAAGGUCAUUGAUGGAUAAAAGGCAGGUUCUGAAAUCUCCAGGCCAUAGUUCAGUUUAAGGUCUUAGCUUCAUGUGUCAGUUUAAGCACAGCAAGCCUAAUGCAGUAAAAAGAAUUUAUCAGCCGUUGUAUGCUUUUUUUUGUAAUGGACUUUUGCUCUCAGCUCUUUUC